AUGAAAUCCUCCAAGAUGAUGAGCUCCAAUCCCGAGGAAGACCCUUUGGACACGUUUCUCCAAUACAUUGAGGAUAUGGGGAUGAAGGCCUAUGAUGGCUUGGUUAUUCAGAACGCAUCAGACAUUGCUCGAGAGAACGAUCGCUUGAGAAACGAGACAAACCUGGCCUACUUGAAAGAGAAGAAUGAAAAACGCCGAAGACAGGAAGAAGCAAUAAAACGCAUAGGUGGAGAAGUGGGGCGAGGCCACGAAGGAACUUACGUGGGCAAACAUUUCCGCAUGGGAUUCAUGACAAUGCCCGCGCCCCAGGACCGGCUGCCCCAUCCUUGCUCCAGUGGCUUCUCUGUCAGGUCGCAGUCACUGCAUUCGGUUGGGGGCACAGACGACGACAGCAGCUGUGCCUCUCGGAGACAACCACCCCCCAAGCCCAAGCGGGACCCCAGUACCAAGCUGAGCACGUCAUCUGAGACGGUCAACAGUACGGUGGCCAGCAAGAGCGGGAAAGGCCCUGAGCGGACCGAAGUGUCAACCAAACCAAGACCCCACAGUGAUGAAUAUUCAAAGAAGAUUCCUCCUCCCAAACCAAAACGGAACCCAAACACUCAGCUCAGCACAUCUUUUGACGAAACGUAUAUCAAAAAGCACGGACCCAGGAGGACCUCUCUGCCGCGGGAUUCCUCACUCUGCCAGGUCAGCAGCCCCGCGGGGGACCCCGAGGAGGAGGAGCCCGUGUACAUUGAGAUGGUGGGGAACAUUCUCAGAGACUUCCGGAAGGACGAUGAGGACCAGAGUGAGGCCGUCUACGAAGAAAUGAAAUACCCCAUUUUCGACGAUCUAGGCCAAGACUCAAAAUGUGACCUCGACCAUCACAGUUGUUCUUCGCAGUGUGCUACUCCCACGGUGCCUGACCUGGACUUGGCCAAAUCCUCAGUGCCAUGUACUCCAAAGGGUUUGCUCUGUGACAUCCCCCCGCCCUUCCCCAACCUGCUGUCUCAUAGACCCCCGCUGCUCGUGUUCCCCCCGGCGCCGGUGCAGUGCUCCCCCAACUCGGAUGAGUCUCCGCUCACCCCGCUGGAGGUCACCAAGCUUCCUGUGUUGGAAAACGUGUCUUAUAUGAAACAGCAGGCCGGGGCCUCUCCAUCUUCCUUGCCGUCGCAUGCCUCCGGCCACGCGAAACUGGAGAAAGAUCAGGCUGGAGCGGUGGGGCCGGUUCCGGCCGCCUCCGUGCUCUCCUCGUCCCCUCCCCCGCCCUCCACUCUGUACCGAACGCAGUCUCCCCACGGCUACCCCAAAAGCCACUCCGCCUCCCCGUCGCCUGUCAGCAUGGGCAGGUCCCUGACCCCGCUCAGCCUCAAAAGGCCCCCGCCCUACGACGCCGUGCAUUCGGGCAGCCUCUCGAGGAGCUCGCCAGCAGUGCCUCACUCCACCCCCAGACCGGUGUCAGACGGCGGCAAGAUGGUCAACGCCGCGGUCAACACCUACGGCUCGGCCCCGAGCGGCUCCCGCUCCAGAACCCCCACCAGUCCUUUGGAAGAGUUAACCAGCCUCUUUACCUCGGGGCGCAGCCUGCUGAGGAAGUCGUCCAGCGGCCGCCGCUCUAAAGAACCCGCAGAGAAAUCCACAGAGGAGCUGAAGGUUCGGAGCCACAGUACGGAGCCAAUACCAAAGUUGGACAGCAAAGAGAGAGGCCAUCAUGGGGCAUCGUCCUCCAGAGAGCCUAUCAAAGCUCAGGAAUGGGAUGGGACCCCUGGACCACCUGUGGUCACCAGCAGACUGGGAAGAUGCUCUGUGAGCCCCACAUUACUAGCAGGAAACCACAGCUCAGAACCGAAAGUAAGCUGCAAACUGGGGCGGUCGGCAUCCACAUCAGGUGUGCCCCCUCCAUCUGUUACUCCUCUCAGGCAAGCCGGUGACCUGCACCAGAGCCAGGUGGCAUGCAUGCAGUGGUUUCAUGGAGACCAUACAAUGCUUGAGAUGAUUGAGAAAAAGCGUUGCUUGUGCAAGGAAAUAAAAGCUAGACAGAAAACGGAAAAGGGGCUUUGCAAACAGGAUAGCAUGCCUAUCCUACCCAGCUGGAAGAAGAAUGCAGGUGCAAAGAAAUACAGCCCUCCACCCUAUUCUAAACAGCAAACGGUAUUCUGGGAUACGGCCAUAUGA